UGGGAACAGAGCCGCCGCCAUGCUGGACCGUGAUCCAGUGACGUCACCGCCCUUCUGGGGGACUCAGGCAUCGCCCCAAAAAUCCGCACCGCAAGAAGAGGCUGGCGGGCCUGAAUACCGGCAGCGCGAGACGUGGGCGAACAACGCCGAGUUCGUGCUCUCUGUGAUGGGCUUCUGCGUCGGCCUGGGCAACGUUUGGCGCUUCCCCUACCUCUGCUACAAGAACGGCGGAGGUGCCUUCCUCAUUCCCUACCUGACCUGCCUGGUAACUGGCGGCGUGCCCAUGUUCUUCCUGGAGGUGGGCAUCGGCCAGUUCAUGGGCGAGGGCGGUAUCUCGGUCUGGAAGCUCUGCCCAGUGUUCACAGGUAUCGGCUACGGCACGACGGUCAUCUCGUUCCUCCUCAACAUCUACUACAUCGUGAUCCUGGCCUGGGGCCUGCUCUACAUGUUCUACUCGUUCCAGUCGCCCCUGCCCUGGGCGACGUGCCACAACGCGUGGAACACACCGCUCUGCUCCACCUUCAGCAGAGGCGUCAACGACACCAACGCCACCGACGUGGCCGAAGGCGCCACAGAUCCCGUGGUGGAGUUCUGGGAGUGA